AUGGGAAUCUCAGGUCUUCUGCUGGCCUUGAAAUCCAUUCAAGUUACCAAACAUCUCUCGGAAUUUUCUGGACAAACUAUUGCGGUCGACGCAUACGUCUGGCUACACAAAGCCGUGUACUCUUGUGCGACAGAGCUUGCCACAGGACAGGCAACCUGCAAAUACGUUAACUAUGCUAUGGAACGCGUCCGAAUUCUGCGCCAUCAUGGGAUAGAGCCGUACAUUGUCUUUGACGGCGGGCCUCUCCAGGCAAAACGGGGAACAGAAAGUGAAAGAAAGAAGAAGCGAGAGGAUAACAUCGCGAAAGGGCAUAUGUUCGCCGCUCAAGGAAACCACAGUGCGGCUCGCGAAUGCUACACGAAAGCUGUCGACGUGACGCCACAGAUGGCCUUCCAGCUCAUCAAGGCUCUACGUGCUGAAAAUGUCAAAUACGUCGUGGCACCGUAUGAGGCUGACGCCCAGCUUGCCUUCCUAGAGAAAAAGGGCCUUGUCUCUGCUAUCCUUACUGAAGACUCCGACCUUCUCGUUUUUGGCUGCAAAACUGUUCUAUUCAAACUCGACGCCGGUGCACGUACCGUUGUUUCCAUAUCCCAAACCGAUUUUGCCUCCGUGACUCCGUCUACUGAUGCCAAUUCUAUAUCUCUCGUAGGCUGGUCUGAUAAGCAGUUCAGAGAAAUGGCAAUACUCAGCGGAUGUGACUAUCUUCCCAGUAUUCCGGGUGUGGGCUUGAAGACCGCUUGCACCAUGCUCAGGAAAUGGAAGACUCCAGAACAAGUCAUUCGUUCCAUUCUGCUAGAAGGAAAGAAAAUUGUUCCCAAAGGAUACAUUCAGCAGUUUCGAUUGGCGGAGAAGUGCUUCUUGUAUCAGAGAGUCUAUGAUCCCGAAACUGCGCGACUGGUUCAUUUGAAUGACGUACCGAGUGAGGGAGAGUGGGAUGAAGUGGUGGAUUCUUUCGUUGGAAGAGACCUUGAGGCUUCGCUUGCAAAAGCUAUUGCAAUGGGCGACAAAGAUCCGGUCUCUUAUGAAACGAUGGAGGAUAUCAAUCCAAAUUUUGUGCCGCGUACUCGGGUUCUUCGGGAAAUACCCUUUUGCAAGUUGUCUGUGAACCGUCCCCACAAAGGAAAAGGGAAAAUGCGAGACCCAGCAGCUUCUGAAGGUAUUCUGGACUUCUUCGGGCCUAACCCCAAGAUCCUCCAGAUACCGAAACCACCGUCCACCAAGGCCAAGGGUGCGACUGGCGUCAAAAACAUGAUUAUUGGGAAAGAGAGCGGCAAACGAACAUUGCCUGACAUACAUGACGAAGACAUGAAUGCGAAGAAGAGAAAAACGUCGGCCAAAACUGAUAUAAGGUCCAAAUUUUUCAGCUCCGCGGUUCGUACGCGAAAGACUGUGGUCAGGAAGGACGAAAACACGCUUGUAGCUGGGUCGUGCCUCAUAGAAAAGGAAAAUGAAUACAUCGUCAUUGAUGAACACGAAACAGAUGCACCCGCUGAGGACGAUUCCAUUAUUGCACAGCACUAUUCGAGUUCAGAAUUUGAUAGCGAUGUUGAAGAGGUGGAAGAGGUGGAGCAAGAAGAUGGAUACAUGUCUCCGACACCGUCCCUUUCGCGAAACACGCAAGAGUUGUCUUCACCGCCGAGACCAAGAACCGCACCGCAACUCGGUAAAUUGCAUCCAGAUGACUUUGACUUCGGCGCCGAAUCAAUUUCUAGUCCUCCAUCUGGUGGUCGAUCUCGUAGGCGAGUACCCUUGCGGUACAUGGCACCACCAGGAAAUACAAUUGUGGGGAAGGUUCUGAUAGAGGCCUCGCCUGAAAUUGACCGCAAGCGAUCAGGAUCAGGAGCAGCAGUGGAUAUGCUGGACUUGGGAAAUUCAUUUGGGGACGAAUUAACCGAAACGGAGUUUUCAGGGGAUGAAGCCGCCCCAACCCCCUUCUCCUUCUCACCUUGCACACUCGAAAACUUGGAUCAAGACAUCACUCCCGCAGUGGUGAAUGGUGAUGAACAAGAAGUAGAGGACGCGGAGGAACUGGAGCAGCGAACGAUGGCCUCAAGGAAUGCCGCAGUGGCCGCUGGUUGGAGAAGCAUGUGGUCUUUGGGCUCUUUCACAGCCAAAAGAACACCACAUGAAGAAUUUUCGGCAUGUCUGCGUAGGUCAGGGACGAACGUGACUCCUACCGGAAGGCAUAGACUCAGUGGACAGUUGUCCACUUCAUCGCAUCCUUAUCUACAGGGCCACACAAAAACACCUGGACCCAACGACUCGGGUCCAGCGAGGACGACGUUAAAGGGUAGACAGAGCCUCAUCUUCUUCGAAUCCAAGUCGAAGACCGAAGUGACUCCGGAGAGUUCGGUGGCGUCAGUGACUUCGGUGAAGGUGGACGACGGACGUUCGGCUCCUGUUCAAGAGUCAGAAGUUGAUCCCCUUGCACGAGUGCGCUUAGAGAAGUUUAGGUUGGUCACUCGCUAA